AUGGUUAUGCAGAUCAAUCAGACCCAAUUACAAGCUCUUCAGACACUGCAAGAGCAACAGGCUAGUCUACUUUCGUCUCUUACGCCUAUGCUCCCCCUCCUUCAAGCCAUACCUCUCCACAUAGAAAAUACGAGGAACCAGAUUCAGCAAGACCUACGUGACACGCUGCUGCCAGUUCGGACAUUCUUUUCACAUUUUGCUUCCAAUAUGAAUCAACCUUCUCUCAAUCCCUCACCCGAAAUGCAAGUUGCUCACCAACAGCGUAAGAAACGCAAGCUAGAUCGCGAUACCGACGUUGGAUCCAAAUCGCACCUGGGCGGCACUCGUCAGUCUGAGGUUUCACCCAACACGACGAGAGACUACGAUACAGCCAUGACAGCGAAGCCCAGCAGUUCUCGCAGAAUACCACUGAUCGAUCUCUCACUGCCGAAUCAUGUCGCCCCUGGUAUCGGAAUUCCAGUUUCCAACACCGCUAGGAAGCCCACAACCCACCUCCCGUCUUCUGACAGCCCAUAUAAAACUCCAGUCCGUCCUGUUCACGUUCCUAGGUACGCAAAGAACACCGACGUGUCCGGCAAAGGGACCCCGGGCGCACUUCGCGGCGCCAUUUUUCCUGCGGUCCAGGGGACUCCCAGGAAUGACGACUCCCUUACGUCAACGAGCACGCUCUCACAACGGACAUCCAUGCAGCAGAUUUCUGUACAACCUCCAGAGGUCCCUCCGCCGGCUACCCUGAAUGGAAGCAGCCCUUCAACCGGCAUCUCUUCUAAUUUUCCGCAUACAACCGCCGACAAACAGAGGCAAAGGACUCGCGUGCCACUGCAAGACGUCACAACAGCCAGGCGAUCAACACCCAUGCGGCUGCAGUCCAUGCAACCUCCAUCUUCCAUCACCGAUCCUACAGCGACGGCCAAAGCGAUGAGUAUCAGAGAAAGGCGGGCAUUACUUGCCACGCCAUCAACACGUCAUGAAUCGAAACGUUUCAUUCCUCUGGAUGAUGACGAUGACGGGGAACUACUCCUGGGAUAA